UGUUGUUUCUCGGGUGAAGAGUUUGGUUGACGUAACGAGGGUUAAGCUAUUGUUGCUGAAACCUUCGGAUAACGUCAGGCGUUAGCGUGCAACUUCAGCCUGUCAAAGUGUUGUGAACUUUAUGGAUGGUUGAGUCGGCGCUCCUCAGCAUAUUUGCUGUAUUACACAACAUACAAGUUUUAGCCUUUUUUAUCGUGAGUUUUUUUCUGUUUUGUUGUGACUUCUUACCAGGGAUGGCCGUCGCGCCAGAGUCUUCGUUUCAAAUGAAAUCGGCCGAUCUGAUCAAAAAAGAGGCCCUGGACUACGGAGGGUGUGGAGACAUUUACCUGUGCUACCAUGUAACCCUCGGCCAGGUGGUGUUGAAGACCAUGUAUACAGGCCCUAUACGCAACAAGGAGAAUAAAAAGUUGCUGCUGGACGAGGGGAACAUCAUGGCAAGCCUGACUCAUGAACGGGUGGUCAAGUUGCUGGGUGUGAUCAUGGAAGACAGAGACUGCUCGCUGGUUAUGGAACUCCUCCCCAGAGGAAACCUGUCGGUCAUGCUAGAGACGGUCUCUGUGCCAAUAUCCAUCAAGAGCAGAAUCAUCUUAGAGAUUUUGGAAGGGAUGUUGUACCUCACAGAGAAACGCGUCAUACACAAGGACAUCAAGCCAGGAAACAUUUUAGUGGACAAGGAUUUUCACAUCAAGAUUGCAGACCUUGGUCUGGCCACCUGCCUGACAUGGAGCAAACUCACAAAAGAGGAGUCUCGCAGGAAAAGUCAUACAGGGCAAUCAGCAGGGACGAGAGGUGCCGGCACACUGAGCUACAUGGCCCCUGAGCACCUGCAGAGUAUAAAUACAGCCUCUACUGAGAAGUCUGACGUCUACAGCUUUGCCAUUGUGGUUUGGGUCAUCCUCACAGGGAUAGAGCCAUAUGCAAAUGCAAGGAGCGACGAACACAUCAGCCAGUGUGUUCGAAACGGUGACCGACCUGCAGAGAACCUUAUUCCAAGCAACACGCCCGUAGAGAUAGUUCAGCUCAUGAAGAGGUGCUGGGAACACAAUCCACUGCAACGGCCAACGUUUCAAGAGGGCUACAACUUCUUCCUUCCUUUCUACACGGAAAAGCUUGAACCACUUGUAGAGGAGGAUUUACUUGAACUGAGGAAAUUAUAUGAAGGCCCAGACGAACUUGUCGAGAAGAUGAAGUCUUUAUCAAUGACUCAGGAUUUCUUUUCGGCAGAUUGCCCAGCUCCUUUGGUGAGUUCAGACAGAUGUGUACCUGUUCCAGUUGAAGCCAGUAUUGAGGACCUAGAUGACAUCCAAUAUGAGCAACCUGUGGAGUCUCUUCAGACGGAUGCAAGGGCAGCCAGCAGCCCUCCAGCUUUGGAGGUGAAACUGGGUCAGGAGUUACAGUACCACAAAUAUGGUAGCUAUAACUGUGAGAACCAGCCUGACGCUGCCAACGUCUCCCAGCACAGAAGUUCAAAUCCUUUCCUGCAAAACCACUUAAGCAGUUCAGAUCCCGCUAUCAGGCAACCAGAACAAGACAGACCCUCCUAUGCAUCAUCUGUCCACUCCUGGACGAAAGCUGAGCCAGUGCAGCCCACCAGCCACGAAGAGGCUGCGUAUCGCCCUGGUCACUAUGAUUCCAUGAACUCUUCCACACCAUCCCACUUUCCAAAGUCUGAAAGCGCCACGUCUCUAUCACAAUUAAACCAGCAACAUCCAUAUUCCCACUAUGACCGCCAGCAGUCCUGGCCAACUUACCCAGUGUCUGACACAUCUGCUCCUGACACCUAUUCUGGGUGUCUCCUAACCCCUUCCAAGAGCUACCCACCACAAGAUCCAGGAUCUUUUUUCAUUCAGAACGCCAGCGGGAUCCAGAUUGGGAGCAACAACAUGAUGAGUAUCAGAGGUCAAGAGUCGUCCAAUAGUUUGUCAUCUCUACCUUCUGCUUACGGCCCAGCUCCCUCUCCCAUCCAAGAAGGCAUUCUGAAUUAUGAGUGCCAUGCUGUGACCGAGGAGCACCUGGAUCUGCUGAGAGACAACAUCGGAAACAAAUGGAAGCGCUGUGCGCGGCGACUGGGUCUCACCAGUGUGGAAAUAGAGACCAUUGAGCACGACUUUUACCGGGACGGCCUGCCAGAGAUGGUGCACCAGAUGCUGGAACAUUGGAAAAUGAAGGAGGGAAGUAUUGGCUGCACAAUUGGGAAGCUUUGUCGUGCUCUGGAAGGCAACAUAAAGAUAGACGUCAUCCAGAAAAUAUUGGACGUCUGCAGCGCUUCCUCCAAGAGGAACUUUCUACAGCAUUCCCUCUAAAUGACUUUUUAUGCCUAUGAUGGUCACAGUUUCUGAACGUUUUUGCAACAUUUAAAGGCUUCCUUCUCAACCAAAAUCAAGAAAAUGUAUUAAUUUUUAGGUUUAAUGUGCCGCAAGUUUUAAAUAUUGAAUGUUUUCAUACAGAAAACAGCUCAAACCAACUAUAUCGUUACAGAAAAGUUAUCUUUGUUACUAUAACAACCACAGAUCUCGCUGUCAACCUUUCUGGUAUUCACUGGACUUUUAUUGUGCCUUUUUUCAUAUGACUUUUACUUUUUCUACCAAACAUAUUUAUAAGCAGUUGAGACGAACAUAGUCAGGGUUCAAGUUUUUGUUAUCAUGGAAUUUCAAAAUAAUUGUUCUAUUAUGUGAUUUACUAUAAAGUAAUAAUGAUAAGUCUUUCUAAUGCAGGGGGUAAAUGGACUAUAUAGCGGUUUUUCCAAUCUUUACGAUCACUCAAAGUGCUUUACAACACGUCAGCAUUCACCCUCUCACACACAUUCAUACAGAGUCAGAGGCUACCAUACAUCAGCUCAUCAGUAGUGAUAACCAUUCACACA